CCAUCAAGAUCAAGAUCAAGAUCAAUAUCAGACAACUUGAGGUCCAUCCCGCCUAUUUUGUCAACACUGACUUCGGUUUUGAUUUUCGAGUAGUGACUCGGGCGAGUGGCAGUGGUAAGUUUGGUGGUGUGGGAUGGCAGGCAGCAAGCUGAGGCGGUACGUGGGGCAGAAGGUGAGCGUGGUAAGGUGGAGGCCUCCCGCAACGCACUUCGGGGACACGAACACUUUCCUGGCGGGCACAUGGAAUGACGUGGAGAACACUGUAGGUGUAUGGCACACCCCAGAGUCUGAGGAUGAUCCUGUGCCUGUUGCUUCCUUGUCCCACCAGGGUGAUAUUAGUGACAUUCAGUAUGUGACCCGUGACUCCUUCAUGGUGGGCAGCAGCACAGGAGCUGUGAGACUCUACAGACACAGUGCAGAAGGAGACCUUGAGUCCAUUAACUGUUGGGACAAAGUACAUGCCUUCACAACAGGCCCUGCACCUUGCACCUCGCUGGCAUGCAGUGGUGAACAGAUAGCCUCAGUGGGUGAGGAUGGGAAGCUAGUCAUCAUUAAUCCUAACCAGAAGAAACCAGCCAGGGUGUUGGAGGGUGUUGGGGGCUGUAGCCUGUAUGCUGUGAUGUUUGUUCGAACCCAUGAAGUCUUGACAUCCAGCAUGCAGGGUCACCUCAAGCUGUGGGACCUCAGGGCCUCUCAACCAGCAAAGGGUCUUCUUUUCAGUCCAGACCAGGUAGCAGUGUGCAACUUGGCAGGGCACCCCACACAACAGCACUUGGUAGCUGCUGGGGGUGAGGAUGGGACACUGGCCCUCUGGGACAUGCGCAACACUGCACACCCAUUCACAAUCAUUGCUGCUCACAAUGGUCCAGUUUGUCAGGUGCAGUUUCACCCUGUGGCUCCUGAGCAUCUCUUCACCUGUGGCAUGGAUGGACAGCUGUUGCACUGGGAUGCCUCGGCUUCAGCUAAACCAUCUCAUUUGUCGUACAAAGGAACUCAAGAUGUGUCAGGUGGAAGUGUGACAGUGUGGCUGGGCAGUGAAGUGUCUAGAGGAGCAACAGACACAACCUGUAUCCUCCAGUCCCCACUUCCCAUCAACUCCUUGGAUGUGGAAGGGGCAACACUCAUUGCUGGUUCAGACAAUGAGGCCAUUUAUGUCCUGGGCCAGUUGUUAAAGAAGAGAAUUGAUGACAUGAUGUAUUAAACAGCAGGUUGUUGAGGGUAAGCAAGUUGCCCUAACUGUGACUUAAAAGCUGGAAUUAAUGAGAAAAUUAGAGAAAGGAGCUGGAGUAGCAAGUGUUUGUGAGGAGUAUGGUGUGGCCAAGCAAACUGUGUUGGGCAUUAGUAAAUCAAAAGAUAAGCUGGUAGAAUAUUCUUCCAAAUAGUGUAGAUGCCUCAUCAAGUAAAAGUGAUAAAAGUACACCAAGAAAGAAUGUAAGGAGUGGAAAAGAUGCUGCUUUAGAUGUUGUGGUUAUGAGUUGUUAUGUGCAGCACCAAUCAGUGGAAAUCAGUGUCCCCAAUAUUGUGGUAGUGGUUUAUGGACAGUUUGGUGGUGUGCCAGUUCAUCAACACUGGCGAAUCGUCUAUUUAAUUCACCAGCUAAAUGUCCAGCUAGACGAUUUGCCGAUGUGCCAUUUUACUGAUACUGUCUUUAAAACAUAAGUGCUGUUACUUAUUUGUUGGUGCAUAAAUUGUUUGAUUACUAAAUUAACAAUCACAAUAAGCAUUAAAUCAUGGAGGAUGUUUUGAGGCCACCUACCAUAUAUUUGACCUUAACCCUUAAAGUACGGGGGCUUGAUUUACUUUCCAUCUGUUACAAUGGGGAAAAAUCACACCUGUCAAAAAUGCUAAAAAUAUUUUUUCCAUAUUUCUUUGUGUUAUUCUGAGUACAACGAUGUAGUUUUUAACAUGUUAUGACCUUUGAGAGCAAAUUUAUUGCAUAUAAAAAAAAUUCAUGGCAGAACCCGCCGCUAAGAAAUACCCACCAAGCUCCGAUAACAUCAUGCGCUCUCUCUCUCUCUCUCUCUCUCUCUCUCUCUCUCUCUCUCUCUCUCUCUCCUUUUGGGCAUUUGAAUUUGAUGUAAAGGUAGAAACUUUUGCACUUUCAUGUCAAGAAAAUGCAAACUCAGAUACAGGUAGUCCUUGAUUUAUAUGGUAGAUGCGUUCCAGAAGGGACCGUAUAAAGUAAAAAUCGUAUCAAGUAAGGAAUGAAUACCAAACUCCCUAGACUUUUUUUUAGUUUAAAAGAGUGGACCUGAGCUUUGUACAGUACCUACAGUCCCUUUCCAUCAAGCAGUCACACGAUCCUCAUGAGCGUGACUCCCAUCCACUUCGUCCCUUGGUUGAAUAGCCUCGUGAGGGCGAGGCUUCAGGGGUGUCCUCGCACCACUACCACUACUACCGCCACCACCACUAGACUUUGAAGGAUGUGUUCAAAAUAAAAUAAUCUUUCACUGUAUGUAUAUAUUUUGCAUUAAACACAUUUCUGUUAUGCUUACUAAUCCUUUCAUUAAUAAACUUACAAAGACAUAAUAAAAAUUACUAUGAAAAAGGGAAAUGUUUAAA